GCGGGGCGGAGGGGGGUAGUCCUCUAUGGGUGGAACCUGGUCUAGGUUCAGACCUCUAGGGGUGGAUCCCGGUCUAGGAUCAGACAUGUCAGGUCCUGCAGACUUCUGCUGCUGCAGACUCAGGAACCAACUCUGACUUCAAGCUUCAACUCUUUAUUCCGUUUAUUAUAAUAAUAACAAUAACAAUAAUAAGUACUCAGUCGCUCCUGAAGAGUUCGUUACUCAUCACUUUAUUGAAUCUUCUCGGCGGUUCGCUGAAGCAUGGGGAACCUGAUCAAGGUGUUAACCAGAGACAUCGACAACAACGGGGGCAACUUCUUCCUGGACUUUGAGAACGCUCAGCCCUCCCAGUCGGAGACGGCGGUGUGGGAGGAGGUGAACCAGACGCUGACGGAGGCUCGGCUCGUCCUGGAGGACCUGCAGACGUACAGAGGAGCGGGGGAGGAGAUACGACAGGCUAUCCAGAGUCCUGGAGUGGAGGGGGUGCAGGAGAAGGCCUGGUCCGCUGUGGUUCCUCUGGUCGGUAAACUGAAAACCUUCUACGAGUUCUCACAGAAACUCGAGUCCAGUCUGCGGAGCCUCCUGGAUGUCCUCACCAGUUCUGGUUUGACUCCCACUCAGCAUCUGGAGCAGAAACAGUCUCUGGCUCGUCAGUUCGCUCACAUCCUUCACUUCACGCUGCGCUUCGACGAGCUCAAGAUGACGAACCCGGCGAUCCAGAAUGACUUCAGUUAUUACCGCCGAACCAUCAGCCGCAUGAGAAUCAACAACCUUUCUGGCAACGCAGGUAAUGAGGUCAACAACGAGUUGGCCAAUCGGAUGUCUCUGUUCUACGCCAGCGCCACGCCGAUGCUGAAGACGCUGAGCGACGCCACGUCAAAGUUCGUCUCCGAUAAUCCAGACGUUCCGCUUGAAAACACGACCGACUGUCUGAGCACGAUGGCCAGCGUGUGUAAAGUGAUGCUGGAGACACCGGAGUAUCGCAGUCGCUUCGCCAGUGAGGAGACGGUGUUGUUCUGCCUCCGUGUGAUGGUCGGCGUCAUCAUCCUGUACGACCACGUUCACCCGGCCGGAGCCUUCAUUAAGACCUGCAAUAUAGACAUGAAAGGCUGCAUCAGAGUGCUGAAGGAGCAGCCGCCCAGCAGUGUGGAGGGAUUACUCAACGCUCUCAGGUAUACGACCAAACACCUGAACGACGAGGCGACGUCCAAGCAGAUCAAAAACAUGCUGCUGCCCAAUUAACUCCACACGUCUGCAGAGAAACGGAGACAAAAGUGUUGUGGUCCACAUUUCAAAAAGAACUACUGAACAAACCUUUAGCUAAUAUUUCUUUGUUUAACCUCAGAUGUUUUUUUAAAACUUUUUUUAUAAAGCUGUUUUUGUUUUGUUGUUUGUUUGAUCCAAGAAAAGAUGUAAAAUAGUAUUUGCAUUCACGUCUCUUCAGAUUUACAUAAAAUACAAUCGGCUGUUGAUUCCGACACCUUGUGGACAUUCAGAAUAUCGUUCACUUCUUCAGAAUAUCGUUCACUUCUUCAGAUUUCUGUCGUUGGCCCGUGAAUUGAUUCGUGUUGGCAGUCCUGCUAGCGCCCCCUACAGACUACAGCGUUCAUCAUAUUUUCUAUGACAUGAUGGUCAACUCUGUUAUCUGAGUUCAUGAACGUCAAAACACCACGAAGAGACUCAGAGGUUUCACUUCCUUCACUUUUAAAACGGAGCUACAAACAGUCCACUGGUCGUCAACGUGGUUAAUAGCUUCAGCCGGUGUUCUGGUUUAACGAGUGACCGUGUUAACUGGUGACUCUCAGCAUCCUGGUACGAAAAACCACAGACGCAUUCGGUUGAAAAUCACCAGUUAACAUGGUCACCCGUUAACCUGGAACACACUGCUGCUCUGAAUUCUGCAGAUACUUGAGUCGAUUCUGACAACCGAACACGAAACAACCAGACAAUUCAGUCGAGGAUAAACACGUGGAACUAUGAGAUCAAGUGAUGAAUAUCUUCAUGUUCAGCCACUAGUUCGUCAAAAUGAACAACUUAAUCCAGUCCAACAUGUGUUCGUCUGGAGUGACGUGAACGCAGCUUUCCACCAACUUUAUUCCAGAACUAUUUUCAAGAAGCCAGGAACCUUUUCCUCCGGAGGAACCUUGUUCUCGUUUAGUUCCUCGGGACGCACUUCCUACCUCAGAUUUAGUCUCUGUGGCCGAGGUCGAACUUUUCAGUUUCACAGUUUUACUUAUUAGUUAAAGCGAAGAUCUUAAAGGUUUAAAUACGGUUUAUUCCAGUUUAGCUUCAUCGGUUCUUGGGGUAACGGUAGAACAAACAAUCCGAUCGUUUCACCUUUUUGUUUUCUCUUCCACAAGUGUUUGUUUGUUGGACCCUAAUUUCUAUUUGCUCAACCAGAACUACUGUUUUCUGCCAAAGAAAGAGCAAUUAAGUCAUAAAAAACACUUAGAUGUGAGUAUUAACCUCGAAACCAAAGAAAGUCCUAAAGACUAAAUGUUAAACCUUCAUUCUCCUCCAGAUGGACUGUCGCUUUAAAAUACAAGACUCUUAUAAUCAAACAUUAACAUGCAUUGCUGCAACUCGAUCAGCCCUCGGAUACAACAAGUUUUAUGAAUCAAUUAAAUUUUUAAAUGAAUUAUGAGAAACAAAAGAAGGGAAAAAUUAAAUAUAUUUCAAAACUGCGCCUGGAAAACAUUCCCUCUCGAUGACUGAUCACCACGGUUGAACUCACUGAUUUGUCUUCAACAGCCGUUAAACAAAAAUGUUUUUGUUUUACAAGAGAAAAGACUUCAAGUAUGAAGACUGACUGGUUGGUUUCUGGUUAAACCUCGACCACCUCCGAUGUUUCUAUGGAAAGAAUCUUUAACAUCCAAAACAACUAGAAUCCUAAAAACCAAUCAAGGACUUUUCAAAUUGUCUCAUUUCUGCAUCUUGUUCGUAAUUAUCUCAAACCCAUUUCUGUUGAUCUCAAACUUGAUACGGUACGGUAUAGACAAACAGUAGGAAUUAUAUAUAUAUAUUUAAGCUAGAUGGAUAAUAUAGUUAACUCACUGGCUACAUUGGAAUUAGCAACGAGAAGGAGAAUCACUGUGACGGAGACGAUGCGGUACGAAUACAAGUCAUGACUGGAAAUCUUUCUAUUAUUAUUCUAUUAUUUUGCUUUGUGUGUUAACGCCACAGCGUCAGGGAUGAUAUGGCAUUAAUUGUUUUAAAUGAUGCUUGUGUUGGCCGAGAAUAAUGAUUUUACAUUUUUAAAGAAAAAUCUGAUUCUCCUGUUUCUUUUUUCCCAUCAGCAUUUUUUAAAAGCUAAAAUGAGGUAUUUUCUGGACAGAAACAUUUGAGGACCUCAUCAUUGGAAUGAAGAUGAAACAAUAAUGUUCAUCUGUUUUCUAUUGUUGAUUGAGGAACAGUCGUUAUUUUUAAAUCCGUCUCUAGACUCAUUGUUUCACUUCUGCUUUUCAUGAUUGUUUUUAUUCUGUCUGGUGUUAAUUCUGGUCAUCAUUGUUUUUUUUUUUAAUGUGAUCUAUAAAUAAAUGUACUGGGAAAUGUAACACUGGAUUUUAACUAC